GAAGCAGCAUUAUCAGGCAGGCAGGCGUAGCAGCACACCAAUUCCAAGCUGUCUGUCAGCACUGCAACCUGAGUUCAUCCAGUUGUAUUUGGUCUGUUACUGCACUACUACUAAAAGGAGCUAUAAAGAAAAGAAAAGCCAUGAUCGGUGUACUCUCCAGGGUCGGUUCCUUCUUCUGGAGAAGAGCUGAUGAAGAAGAGAAAUCAAAGUUUGGUUCAGAUUCGUCUGUGAUUAAGAAUAUGGAUGGUGUAGUUACACGUUUCUGUAAUGAUUACGGAAUGAUAAACGACCAAAUCUACUUCACAAGUGAUGCUGUGAUAGGCAGAGAGCUACUGAGUGUAGGACAGAAUGUCAGUGUUGCUUAUGAAGAGGAUAAAACAUCUGGAGGCUUGAGAGCAAUCAUGGUACACGUAAUCUCCAACAGAUGGGAGAACUAUAUUCCUUCAAAUGAAAAUUCUCAAGACUUGGACAUCAGAGUUUUAAUUGGUUGUGUUACAUCCUGCAAUAAAGAUGGUGGUGAUAUCAAUCAGACAACCUGUUUUUACAUGUGUGAUGUAUGUGAAGGAUAUCUACCAUACAAAGGAGACUGGGUAAAAGCAGAGUACUUCAUUAAUCCAUCCACAUGGAACAGUGAGGCAUAUUCUGUGAAGCCACUGAGAUGUAAAAGAAUAGACCAGAUGAAAAUUACAGCAUUUUAUGGAACAAGUGGUGUAAUUGAUGAAAGUAUAUUCUUUACAAUGGAUUCUUUAAGGCUUCCGAAGGACUAUUAUCCAAGACGUGAUGACCUUGUUAAUGCAGUAGUGGUGGAAAGUAGCCAAUCAUGUUAUGUCUGGCGAGCACUGUGCAUAGCACCAGUUAACAAACAAAGUUUGUCAGCAUCUAAUGCCACAGACUCACUCUAUCCGUGCUCAGCUGCUUUGAUGAUGAACAAAGGGGGCUUGGAAGUUUCCAGAAUGACUAAUUUUGGAGUGAUCAAACAAGGACAGACUAAACAUGUGCAAAUAUACAUUGAGAAUAAGGGAAACGAGUCCCAUACACUGAUUGCUUGCAAGUUUGCUGGGUGGGAAAAGGAGAACAAAUUUAAGUUUGAAAUGUCUGAGCCAACAUCUGAUUCCAUGUCCGACGCAACCCAAUCACUACAGGAUUCUUCUUUUCCACCAAGAGAAAGUACAAUGUGUAAUGUUAAUGUAACAAGUUAUUGUGGAAAAGACAAGGCUGAUCUUCAUCAAGCACUUACUCCCAGUUUACUAACCUGCAAUGAAUUGACUGAAAAGUUUUGUCAUUUGGGCUUUAAAGUGCCUUCAGCAACACCAUACUUGUUUAAUAAUUGUAAUAAAUUAUUGAGGAGUUCUGUUGACCAUUUAUCAACUGGAUUAUACAAACCACUGAGACAUGGUUCAGAAUCUUCAGACAAUCCUAUGGAACAAUCCGUUUUUGGAGCAACUAUACAUGAGGAACAGUCUUGCAAUGUGGAUGGUAAUGUGAACAGUGGAGACAGUGGAGGCAGUGACUCUGUAUUACAACACUCUUCGAAUGCAAGUGAAGCGAUGGUUAUCCUUCCUGGGGUGAAGACUUUUAUCGUCGUCACGUGUGAGGCCAGAAAUCCAGGCCGCUGCAAAGAACUACUUUUGCUGUGCUUCAGUGAUUUUAUGAUUGGACGUUGCCUUGAAGGAAUUGUUGAAAGUGAAGAGGAGUCCUUUUUGCUCCCACCUGCGGAAUUUGCUUCCAGGCAGAACAAAGUUCCCAAUGAAUAUGUGCCCAACAGCAGAACAGUAAUGUCUGCUCCACAUAGAAGGAUUUCUAGAAGACAGCUGCCAAGUUUUCUUCCACUUUAUCCCAUACCAGACAGACUAAGAAAGGGCAUAGAGCAGAAGAUGGACGUCUUGGCCUUAGAGCCUUGUUUGGGAGAGGUUUUAACCUUAUCAAGUUACCGCAAGAAGAUGUCCACCUUACUUUGGCUUGAGGACAUUCAUGCAGAGAUGGAAAUGAGCGAAUUUAGCCUGAGUGGUGUUUGUCUCCAAAAACGUGGAGGAUUUUUGCUAUUAGAAGUACCUGGACUUGCUGAGGGUAGACCAUUUCUGAACCAAGGGGACAAAGUGUUUUUAAAAUACCAGGUGUUCACAACAACUGCUAUUCAGUUUGUGGGCUUAAUUGUAGAGAUACAUGAAGAGGAAAUUACGCUCCGGGUCAAUGAAGAAUUUGAGCAAUCUUACAAGUUUGAACCAAUGGAUGUGGAAUUUGUUGUAAAUAGGGUCACAAGCAGGCGUUGCCAGUUUGCUGUGGAACAAGCAGAGCAUUUAGGGAAAAAAGUGUUGUUUCCAGACACUGUGGAAUUACAAGCUCCACAAGUUCCCACUACAGAUACCAACGCAAUAGAAUCUGCAGAAAAAAAGGAGCAAACUGGAUGCCAAGAAAACAAUCAGAGUAAUCAAACAUCAAGAGGAAAGAAUGCUGUAUAUAUGAGUGAUAUGGUGACGGUGGCUACACAGACCAGCACAAAAGACAGUGGUUCACCUGUGAAGAAGAAAGGAAAAUUCUUCAAUAAUAUGUUGAAUGAUCACCAGAAAUUGGCAGUGAAAAGGAUUCUCAGUGGUGAAUGCCGCCCUACACCAUACAUACUUUUUGGACCUCCAGGGACUGGAAAAACUGUUACAAUAAUUGAAGCAAUAUUACAGAUCUAUUAUGCUUUACCAGAUAGUCGUAUUUUGGUGUGUGCACCAUCAAACAGUGCAGCCGACUUGGUAUGCUUGAGGCUACAUGAGAGCAAUCGGCUAGAACCUGGUAGCAUGGUUAGAGUGAAUGCUACCUCUCGACUAGAAGAGACAAUCUGUGAUGCGAUUAAGCCUUACUGCGGGCCCGGAGAAGACAUUCGCAAAGCAUCUCGGUUUCGCAUAAUUAUUUCCACUUGUAGCAGUGCAGGAAUGUUUUAUCAGAUUGGAUUAAGGGUUGGACACUUCACCCAUGUGUUUGUAGAUGAAGCAGGCCAGGCCAGUGAACCUGAAUGUUUCAUACCACUAGGGCUGAUAUCAGAAGUAACUGGACAGAUAAUACUUGCAGGGGACCCUAUGCAGCUUGGACCCAUUAUAAAGUCUAGAGUAGCCUUGGCUUAUGGGCUGAAUGUAUCCUUUCUGGAGAGGUUAAUGGCUAGACCACUGUACUUAAGAGACGAAGAGACUUACGGAGCGUGUGGGAAUUACAACCCUUUACUGAUUACUAAACUUAUGAAGAACUACAGGUCUCAUGGUGCAUUACUACAUCUACCUUCUAAGCUGUUCUACCACAAAGAACUGGAAGUCUGCGCAGAUCAGGCUGUCGUAAAUAAGCUACUAAGAUGGGACAAACUUCCUCACAAAGGAUUCCCUUUAAUAUUCCAUGGUGUCAGGGGUACAGAGAUGCGAGAAGGAAGCAAUCCAUCUUGGUUUAACCCCUCAGAAGCAGUCCAGACUAUGCGAUACUGCUGCAUUCUUGCUAAACAUGUCACCACAUCCGUGUCUGCUAAAGAUAUCGGUGUCAUCACUCCAUAUCGAAAACAGGGGGAAAAAAUAAGAAAACUCCUGAGAACUGUUGAUCUGUCAGACAUAAAAGUUGGUUCUGUAGAAGAGUUCCAGGGGCAGGAAUACUUGGUAAUCAUUAUAUCAAUGGUGCGGUCUUGUGAAGACUCUCUUUAUGAGGAUUCCAGGCAUCUCUUGGGAUUUCUGUGCAACCCAAAACGAUUCAAUGUUGCAAUAACUAGACCGAAAGCUUUGCUGAUUGUUCUUGGAAAUCCACAUGUCCUUGUCAAGGAUCCAUGCAUCUGUGCAUUACUUGAGUACAGUUUAAUAAAUGGAGCAUACACAGGCUGCAACUUACCUCCUGGACUUGAAUCCCUUCAACAGUGUGAUUAGUCCUCUGUGGCUGCACUGAGAAUGACACUUCAUGCUGAAGGAAAAGCACUUCGAUUAAAAUGGAGACAGAUAUUCUUGUUUGUUUGCCAGGAUUUAACAGUAUGGACUAUGAGUCUGGGGCUAAAAGGAUGGAUAUGAUACUCGGGGAUAUUGGUUUUUGUUUUCUUGUUUUGUCUUUUGUUUCCUUGUUGCUAUAAUAAUUCUUAGCAAAACCACAAUGUAAGGGAUGGGUAAUUGCGUAUGUUCACUCCCACGGUGCUUUUUUAUUUUUGUACCUUGUUUCAAAAGGCAGAAUUAUAUAACUCUGUAAUUAAUACUCUUGUAUUAAAAAUGGCCAUGCAUGGUUAUAUGAGAUGCAUGGUAGAUCUGGCGGUAGUGUAUGGUACAACUGUUACUAUCUGCCUUAACAUGUAUCCCGUACAUUUCUGCCACUAGAGAGAGGUUCCAGAUUCCAUCUGACACUAAAGCAGUCUGGUGCCUCCUUGUGAUUUGUAAGUGUUAGUGAUUUUUCUUGCAGUUUUUGUUUUGCACUAGUCAAUAAAGGAUGAUAAAGUUACA